AUGACGACUGACAAUAUUUUGCAAUUGCCUAUUGAUAUCUUAGUAAAUAUAUUUAAGCUAUUAAAUAUAAAGGAUCUUCAUAAUGUAAUGUUAACUUGUAAGCUUUUAAAAGAUCUAAUAAAAAAUGAUAAUACAAUAUGGAGGCAUCUCUCGCGAGAUAAGUUAAUUAUUGGUUAUUCAGAUAAAAGACGACCAAUUGAAUUAUGGUACAAUCGGUGCAGAACAUCGCAAAACUGGUGUAAUGGGUAUUAUAGAAUUAAGCUGGUUAUUAAGCACUACACAAACUAUAUGCCAUGGCUAACAUUCCACAAUUCUGAAAUCUUACUUGUAUCAGUUGGUUCUGAACUUCACUGCUACCCUACCAAUAGAAAAGGUACACCAAACUGUAGAGAAGCUCUAUGGAAGGUUGAAGUUCCUAAAAUACCAAGACAUGAUGUGAGAACCAAUGAUAUCUCCAGGUUUAUCAUAAAAAAUGAUAUUAUUGCUUGUGGAAAUAGAGAUGGCUGUUUGGCAGUGUAUAAACUUAAUAACACAAGAAAGAGGCCAUGUUUACAAUAUCAUGUACAAGAUUGUCAUAAAAGGGGUGCAGUGGAGGUAACAGCUGUUGAAGUAUUUGAUGGAAGAAAUCAAACCAUAGUUGUUACCGGCUCUAGUAAUAGUUCAGAAUUACAAUUUUAUGGCCUAAAGAAAGAAAGUGAUAAUAUUACUUAUAUUUGCAAAGGCAAUGAUAAGAAUUUAUUUAAUAUCUCUAUGUAUGAAACUGCUGGCACAAAAUGUAUGGCUCUUAAUAGUACAUCUGACAAAUUAGCAAUAGGUCUAACUGGCAACAGUAGACCCAUUUUGCUUGAUGUGAAUAACCCCAGGGUUCUGAUGGCGGCAGAUACAACAAAGAAUCGCAAGGAAGCAGUGCGUGACAUCCAAUGGCAUAAUGACAACACAUUAUUAUAUGUCACUCAUGCAGGGCACCUGCAGUUAUUAGACAUAAGAUCUCAUGAAAUGGUGUACCAUUCGUGGGAUCCUUUUCGAGCAGCGUUUUAUUGCGUCAAAUCAGAUGGACAAUGUGCAAUGGUGGCAGGAUCGGCUGAAUAUUCGCGUUGCGUUUUAUUCGAUACGCGCAAACAAAUACAUCACGUACAGAUGUUUUUUACACAAAAGAAAGCCUCUCCCGUGUAUAGUUUAGAUUUCGACCCUUACCAACUUAUAACAGCAAUAGAUAGAGGAGUUUCAGUUUUAGACUUCAACAUAAAUACUACUUUUGAAGAACCAAAAGAUUAUUCCCAGGUUUUCCACUGA